ACACAGGUCAAAUUAAUCCUUCACCUUCUCUUUUUCUCAUUCGUAUUCAUAUAUUGAUAAUAUUCAAAUUCAUAUUCUUAGAUCAUACGUUCAUCUUCAUAUUCAUCAUCUUCUUCAUCUUCAUCUUCAUCUUCAUCUGCGGGUGUUCAUUCAUGGCUCAACUCCCAUCCAACCAACAAGUCAACCAAUUAAAAGAAAUCUUCACCCGCUUUGACCUAGAUUCCGACGGCAGCCUCACCCAUCUCGAACUCGCCGCCCUCUUCCGCUCCGUCGGCCUCAAACCAGGCGACGAAAUCGACACCCUGAUAUCCAAACUAGACGCCAAUGGGAACGGAUCCAUUGAAUUUGAAGAACUAGUGAACGCCAUUUUUCCCGAUUCCGAUGAAGAGAUUUUCAUCGACCAAGAACAACUCAUGAAAGCCUUCCGAUUGUUCGAUAAAGAUGGCGAUGGGUCCAUUACUCCUAUCAAACUAGCAACCCAGAUGGCAAAAUUGGGCCACCCAUUGACUUACCGGGAACUUAAUGACCUGAUGAAUGAUAUUGACACCGACGGCGAUGGUAGCAUCAGUUUUCAUGAAUUUACGGCGGUGUUUGGGAUGCCGGCGUCGGAAUUCUUUGGAAUAAGAACGCUUUAACGAUGGUGAUUGCCAUUUGUGGUCAUCCAUAUGCAGUUUCCAGUUUCCAAAGCAUGUGGUUGUUCUUGAGGAUUGACGAUGAACAUGGAUGAAUUUACAUGAAUCUUUUUAUAUUCUUAAAAAUUUCUUUUUGUACAUAGUUUUUUUUGCUUAUUUUUGUAUAUAAGUUGUGUGUGUAUCAUUCAAGGAGAAGAAUGAAAUGCAAGGAGAAUUCGCAUUAAAUAAACGCUUUUUCUUU